AGCUUGCCUGGUAUAGUGCUUGGCCUGUAGCAAAGUGGUAGGCAGACACACUGCAUGCAGGGUGUUCCAGGUUUAGCCCCCGGCAUCUCCAGAUAAGGGGGGGAACUCCCUCCUCAAACCCUGGAGAGCAGCUGCCAGUCAGUGCUGAUAAUACUGUGCUAGAUGGGCCCCUGGUUUGAGUCAGUAUAAGGCAGUUUGCUAUGUUUUUUCCAUGGUUCUGGUAACAGGGCUGGAAGAAGAGUCUUUAUCUUAAACAAGACUUCCCCAGCCUGGUGCUCUCCAGGGGAAGUCUAGUGAAGGCUGAAUGGAAGCCUCAGGAGGGUCUUGUGGAGCUGAAAUCACCUGCUGGGAAAUUCUGGCAAACAAUGGGGUUUGCAGAAAAUGGAAAGCAGUAUCUUCUGCCAGAAGAAGCUCUGUAUCUUCUGGAAUGUGGAUCUGUUCACCUGUUUUACAAAGACUUACCUAUGUCCAUCCAGGAAGCCUAUGAAAACCUGGUAUCCCAGAAGCUGGUCAGCCUUCUGAAGUACCAGGUGUACAGCCACUUGAAGAGACUGGGUUACAUCGUUCUGAGAUUCCAUCCAAGCAUCAUUCCAACACCUUAUGAGAGGCAGAUGAAUCUGGACAGCCACUGCCAAAGUAAAGAGAGGAGCCACCACAAGAGGAAAAGGAGUUCCAGCCCUCGGUUGCAGGACAAGACAUCGAAAGCAUCUGAGGAAUCUCAGGAAUGCAAAGAGUCAGCCAAAAGGGCCAGGAGGCAUCAUGAAGAUUCUGGUCCCCCAUCAUCAGAUAGUGCACUCAGGGAAGGAAUGGAGGUAUCUGAUGCUAAAGAGGCUCUUGUGGAGCCAGUUCCAUCAUCCAGUGUCUCAAGAAAAGAUGACUCUCCCACUGGUACUCAAGAUGAGAAGGAGAGAUCUAGCAAGACCUCUUCCCGUUGGGACUUCACCACUAUUGUUUUCCCCAACAUGGGUGCUGAUUGCCUACAACUUAUCCUGCCAGAGCCGGAUAAGAGGCUACUCCCAGAGAACAUAACAGCACGGGAGUUUGAUGCAACCAGGUGGCAGCGGAAGAUCAACCUGAAGCAUGAGAAGCUCACCCGCAAGGAGCGGGAGCAACUGAAGUGGGCGAGCCGGUACAAGAGCAGCAUCAACAAGGACAAAGAGGUCAGGCGUUGCUCCACCUGGCAAGAGUACAAGGCCCUUCUGGAAGGGAGGAGGCUGCGGAAGGCGAGAGCCUGCCCUGCUCACCUCUGGGGACAGGAAGUCACUCCUCUUGUGAAGCCAGAACAAGGGCUGUCAACAGCUGAUGUCCUCCAACAGAUUAGUGUGUUCCAGCCUUCACACAUCCUGGAUGAGGCAUCUCGCCUGCAGAACAGUUGCACAGACCUGAAGAUUGAUUUCGAUGUAUAUAAAGCAGAUGCAGCUUCGAGCUUUAAGAAGAAUGACCCUGGGAGGCCUUGUGUCCGGAUGUGUGUUCGCAGGUUUGAUGAACAGAUCCCAUCCCUCAGGGCAGUGAAGCAGCUUACUUACCAAAGUGGAGACGUCCCUGUGGUCUUUGCACUAGUAGACAAUGGAGACAUUGCCUUCUACUCGUUUAAGGAGCUCAAGCUGCCAACUGAUGUAUAUCCUUGACCUUGCUGCUGAAAUUUGGGACUGGUAUGCAUUUAUACAAAAUUUUACUCAGGACUUCUGCUUUGUUCAUCUGGAUAAUACAUUAAAUCUCCAACUACUAACCCUGUACUAAUUCCAUGCAACAGGAACCCGCCUAUGCACAAAAACAAAGAGCAGUUCAAAUUAGGGGUGUUGGAAAAAUUCUCAACAUGCUUAAAUAAGUUCAGAUUUCUGACCUGUGGAUUCUGCAGCAGAUCAGCUCUUCUCAAGUUAUGUGGACUUGCAGACCAUUUUUUGAUUUUACCAAAAAUGAGCACUUCCCUCAUAGGCUAAAGCAUGAAGACAUGCAUUUGGAAGGAUUUGCACAUUUUUCACAAUAUGCAGUUUGCACUGUUUCAGUUUGCACAAAUGCAUAUGAAACAAUUUGUGCAGUAUCAUCAAUGAGUAGACAAUGAAACAAAAGGGAGCUGACAGUGCACCAAAGAGAGAGAGUACAUUUAACAGCAUCUCUAUAGCCCUAGUUGAAAUACAUACACACGGUAUUUCCUGGACAAAGACGCAACUGUUCAUUUAAUCCCAAACUUAAUAUGCUCCCAAAUUUGAGCCUGAUUGGUUUUCUAUUCUUAGGGACCUAUAGAAAAAGCACCAUUAUGCUUCUGCCAAUCCAGAAUGGUGCCUCGUGGUCUACCAAGUUGCAGAGCCCAGGAAGAAGCCGUCACUAUUACAUUAUGGUUGCUUCAAGUACAGCCAAUCAAUGGCUCAUAGACCAUCAGUUGUGUGGUUUUUUUUUCUUUCAUUCUGCUGCAGGAAAGGAAACUAAAAUACAGAGUAUCUGCAGAAUCCACAGAUGUAUACCUUUUUCUUCUGAGCAGUUCCAUAUAUUUAGCAGACCUGAAUUAUUUUAUGCUCAGAUCAUCAUAGUCUGCCAUGAUCUGCUCUUGCUUUCCAGCAUCUCUCCUGGUUGAUAUUCCUUGUUGAGAAUCAUCAUCUGUAUUACCAGGUUUAUUUAUAACGUUUGAAGCCUUUUUCAGAUACCAGCUUUCUCACUUUCUUUACUGUGAUAUUGCCAUGGUAGUUGGACCAGGCAGUGUUGUCAAGAUAAAAAGGACUGGAGUUUUUUUCUGUUAAGGAAUAACUUCCAUGAAGAAUUUUACAGAGAAAUUUUAGGGGCAGUUUUAUUUUAGUACGCCUCGGCUGAUAAUUUGAGACUAAGAUGCUAAAGCAAUAAAAUACAGUUUAUUGUAUUAA